AUGGGGAGAAGUUGGAUCUACCGCCUCAAGAAAGAGGAUUUCACCAAUGUGGCACAAAGGCUACGCAUUUCCUUGACGGGUAGAACUGAAGACAUGCGGAAAGCCUUGGUGGAAUACUACAAUGAGACGGAAAACAACCCAGAACUCAAAGAACUCUGGUACGAACUAGAAGCUAUGUACCCAGAAAAACCAGGUCUAAAAUUAACAAACCCCGAGGGAGAAGACGCAUGGACAGGCCUUAGCAUUGAAGAGAUGCAACAAGAGGGCCAGCGAAGAGAUUCAAUUCAAGAUAGAAAGACAGCCCCAAAGGCACAAAGACCUAGCGAGCCCGACUACGCUAAAGUCGCGAAGCAGGUCAGAGAAUGGUCUUUUAGAUUCGAGGGCACAGAGAAACCUCUUGAAUUCUUGGAACAGGUGAAAUGGUCCGCGAGCACCUACGGGUUGGACUUGGUACCACGAGCAAUGCCAGAACUACUACAAGGCAGAGCAUUAAAGUGGUUUAUCUCGAACAACCAGCACUGGAAAACGUGGGAAGACUUUAUUGAGAGUUUCCAAACGUUCUUCCUGCCCAGAGGAUAUUUGGCGAAACUAGAGGACCAAGUCAAAGCUCGGAAGCAGGGAUUCAGAGAGCCAUUCAAGGAUUACAUGGUGGACAUGCAGACCAUGAUAAGGCCACUCGGGUACAGUCCGGGGAAAGUACUCGAGGUCAUAAGGGAGAACAGCACACCUGACCUACGAAUUUCCCUCAGAACGUACAAGAUCGACGACCUGGAAGCCCUCAUGAUCCUGGCCACAGAAUACGAAGAGCUCGAAAAGGAGCUGGAAAUGUUCUCCCAGGAAAAUAAGUUCAGCAGGACAAAGACGACAGUCCCGUCUCCGAUGACAUGCAUGUCGCAAAUGUGGCGGACACGGGCAUUGGGCAAGAGGUUGCCGAAACCAGCGAAUGCUAUUGAUAUGCGGAAAGGUGGGAGUGAGAUGCAUGGAAUGCUGUCAGAGAGCGGAAAAUGGCCAGCGAUCCCAGCCGCAGAGAGGCGAGCGGGGGUCGCACGCGGAUUCCUCUCCAAUCUAACUGGCAGGCUAAUCGAAGAGGAGCAGCAGUUGUCCGCAGCGGUGACGAUUGGUGGAAACUCGUACAAAGCCACAAUCGACACCGGGGCAACAGCGAGCUUUAUUAGCGAAGAGCUGGCGGACAAUCUGGCUGCUCUAGGAAAGAUUACACGGACGAGACGGCAAGUUAGGUUGGCAGACGGAAGGUGCAGCGGAAUAAGCGCGCAGCUCGAGGUAGAAGUCGCAUUCGGCAACAAACGACUGACCAUGAGCCUGCUGAUAUUACCAGGAGUAGUAGACGCACUGGUGCUGGGCUGGAAUUUUCUCACACAGGUUGGGGCUGAGAUAAAGUGCGCAGGUCACGAAAUCCGCAUACCGGCCAGGAACAGACACAACGGAUGGCUGGAGGAAAAAUUGUCAGUGGCAGUUGUUCAUGAAGACAGCGAGGAAGGAAACAUCGAGCAAUUCCUAGAAGCAGAGCUGGCAGAAUUCCAAACAAUGAGCGGAACUUCGAAUGUGGCCGAGCACCAGAUCACCAUGAAGGACGACAAACCUAUAAAACAAAGAUACUACCCUAAGAACCCUAAAGUUCAAGGGGAGAUCAAUACAAAGGUGGAUGAACUUCUGGAAAUGGGUUUCAUAGAACACUCGAAGAGCCCGUAUAGCUCGCCCAUAGUAAUGGUUAAAAAAAAAACCGGCAAGUGGAGAUUAUGUGUCGACUUCCGACAGAUAAACGCGAAAUCGGUGAAGGACGCGUACCCAAUGCCACGUAUUAACUACAUCCUGGACCAAUUACGAGAAGCACGCUAUAUCAGCAGCCUGGAUUUAAAGGAUGGAUACUGGCAAAUUCCUCUAGAAGAAGCAAGUAGAAAGUUCACGGCGUUCACAGUGCCAGGUAAGGGGCUUUUCCAAUGGAGAGUGAUGCCAUUCGGAUUACACUCGGCAUCAGCAACAUUUCAAAGGGCCUUGGACCAAGUGAUUGGACCCGAGAUGUCUCCUCAUGCGUUCGCGUAUCAGGACGACAUAAUCGUUAUCGGACGCACUCAGCAAGAACACAAGGACAAUCUCAGAGAAGUGUUUCGCCGUCUGAAGGAGGCAAACCUGAGAAUAAACCCCGAGAAGUGUCAGUUCUUCAAGCAGGAGCUGCUGUACCUAGGACAUCGAGUCACAAGCCAAGGAAUCGGUACAGACCCAGACAAGGUCGCUGCCAUAGCCCACCUAGAACCACCUGCAACCAUCCGUGAGCUAAGGCAGUACCUAGGGGUGGCAUCGUGGUACCGACGAUUUGUACCAGACUUCGCACGCAUCGUUAAGCCGCUCACAGACCUACUCCGCAAGGGCGUAAAGUGGCUAUGGACGCAAUACCACCAGCAGGCAUUCGAGGAGGUGAAAGCGAGACUGGUGUCUGACCCAGUAUUAGCGUGUCCAGAUUUUGGAAGAAUAUUCAUCCUGCAAACAGACGCCAGCGAAUACGGCAUAGGCGCGAUCCUGACACAAAACACGGAAGACGGAGAGAAAGUUAUCUCAUACUCCAGCCGGACGUUAAAUGGAGCCGAGAAAAACUACUCGACAACGGAAAAAGAGUGUUUGGCCAUUGUAUGGGCAAUCAGAAAACUAAGGCCCUACCUGGAAGGCUACCACUUCAAGGUGGUAACAGAUCACAUGGCGCUAAAAUGGCUGAACAGCAUUGAAAGCCCAUCCGGAAGAAUCGCCAGGUGGGCACUUGAGUUACAACAAUACGACUUCGAGGUCGCGUACAGAAAGGGUCAAUUGAAUGUGGUAGACGACGCGCUGUCCAGACAGCCGAUGCCGGAAACCUUCCGGAGAGCAAAAGAGUUGGUGCAAAAUUCGGAAUGUAACUGGAUCAGGGACAUGCGCGAGAAGAUAAAGACACACCCGCAGAAAUUCCCGGACUAUGUGUUCGACGGCGAAACACUGUACAGGCAGAUCCCACACAGAGCUGGCAACGAAGAUGUGGUGGCAUGGAAGUUGUGCGUCCCCAAGGAGCUAAGGGAAAAGGUCCUGCAAGAAAAUCACGAUGCCCCAGCCGCCGGCCAUGUAGGAAGCCGAAAGACGAUUGCCCGUCUAGCUGCCAGAUACUACUGGCCAGGAAUGCAAAGGGACGCGAGAGCAUACGUUCGGAAAUGCGAAGAGUGCCUAAAAUUUAAGCCAAACCAGCGACAGGCGGCGGGUAAGAUGCUGACACAAGUCCCUGAGGAACCAUGGGCAACGGUGUGCGCGGAUUUUGUUGGACCCCUGCCAAGAUCGAAGCACGGUAACCAAAUGUUAUUGGUUCUAAUCGACCGUUUCUCAAAAUGGACAGAAUUAGUGCCAUUACGAACUGCUACAGCAGAAACCCUGCAAAAGGCGUUUAAAGAACGGAUAAUCGCUCGAUUUGGGGUUCCAAAAGUGGUGAUUACAGACAACGGGGUGCAGUUUGCCAGUCGGGCAUUUAAAAAGUUUAUUCACGACAUGGGAAUAAAACAACAGUUCACACCAUGCACUCCUCAAGAAAAUCCCACCGAGCGCGCGAAUCGAACCGUAAAAACCAUGAUCGCACAGAUACUCGCCUUCGCCGAAAAACUGAAGGAAAUCUUCGAAAUUGUCCGACGAAAUUUAGGAAAGGCAGCACAGGAUCAAGCCAGGCACUACAACCUCAGAAGGAGACCGUGGAAUCCACAAAUCGGCGAUGUCGUCUGGGCCAAGGAGCACCAUUUGUCUAAAGCGGCAGAAGGCUUCGCGGCCAAACUAGCGCCGAGAUAUGAUGGUCCAUAUCAGGUAGUCGAUUUUGUAUCCCCCGUAAUCUGCAAAAUUCGCCACCAAAGAAGCAAGAAGCAACGCACAGUGCACAUCAGCGAUCUAAAGCAGCAGGAGAAGGCACACAAAACGAACGAGGACGGAAAUACAGGCAGUCGUCAGGCCAAAACCGGAGUCAACGGAGCACGCCUCAACACGAGCAAGAACUCUGAUCAAGUCAGCAUACACCUAAGUCAACGACGAAUAAAGGAUCGGGAUUACGAGAACCCGUUUAAUCGUCAGGACAAAGCCGGAGUCAACGGAAGAGGGAGUUGGAUAGACAAGAAGGACGAUCUUGCAAAUAAAAACCAGACAGAUCCCAGACUAGAUGGGGCAGAGGCAACCGUUUCAACGUCAGGCCAAAGACCGGAGUCAACAGAGCAUACACCCAAGGGAAAGGGACAUUAUCAACGAAAGCAUUCACCGGACCUGCGAAACGAUCACAAGGAAAACACGUGGAGAGCAACGACAGAAUACAUGUCACCGAGGAAAGGGGAGAGACGGUACGGGGUACCGUAA